AUGACACACGUCAUUCCUAUCCCUCUCAAUGCUCAUCCAAUGAGCCGACUUCCCCCAAGCAUGUGGUGUGAUCGUCCGAUUGGUUAUAACUCAUCUUAUCCAUUAAGAUGCUGGUGGUUGGUGUUGCAUCCUGAUUCGUCCAAGUCCAUUUCGUCUCCAUUGAGCAUCUCAAUGUCUCCAUUUGAUUGGUUUGGACAAUUCUUGUCUCUCAUGAGAAGCUGGGUGUCUCUCCCUGAUAGGAUUAGGUCUUCUUGGAGCUUAUCCACGAUCUAUCUCCUCCAUAGCAGCUGGUGUCGUUGCCCAAUUGGUUUAGGCUUGCUUCGUCUUCAUUCGAAUACCUCCAUCCCGAACAUUUACGCUUCUUGCAGUCGUUGCGGGAUAGAUCUUGGCCGUCCGUCCCAUCUCUCAAUCUGCUCGUCCGAUUUGCAUUCUGCUUCGACCAAACUUCUUAGAAUGGUCUCUUAUGUCGUCCAAACUCUUCUCUUCUUGAUUUGGAGAACUUUGAUAUUUCGUCGUCCUGUUGACUCUUCCCAUGUUCGUACAAUGAUCGUCCCACCUGGACAAUCUUGCUGUAUCUUCACUUCUGCUCGAUCGUUCUUGAUCCUGUCUUGA